AUGACUGAGAGACGGAAGAAAAAAACACAUAAUGGAUUCCUUCGGAAAGUCUCCUCCUUGUUUAAUCUUGAUACGGCUCACGUCACAUCACCAGAAAUGAAGCAGCCUUUACAGGUAAAUGGUAUAGAAGGCGGAAUUGAGCGCACACAAGGAGAAGAUGGAUUUAUUUACAUGUCUGUGGUGCUAUCGCGUGCGGGCGGUGCUGGCCUUGGGUUUAGCAUUGCAGGUGGCUCCGACAACCCUCAUGUUGCGGAUGAUCCCCAUAUUUACGUAACUAAACUAAUACCUGGAGGAGCAGCGGCCGCCAGCCAGCUGCAGAUUAAUGACGCAAUAUUACAGGUAAAUGAUGUAAAUGUUGAAAAUGUAACACAUGCUGAAUCAGUUGAUGCUUUAAAAAAGGCUGGCAAUACUGUGAGACUGAAAAUACGACGCCGCGCUGCAGAUGAUAAUAAUACGUUAAAUGUUUCACAAGUGUCUAAACCAGAAGAGUCUAUUGAGAUUGAGUUGGUAAAAGGUGGGGCUGGUCUUGGAUUCAGCAUAGCGGGAGGCCUUGGCAAUCAACAUAUCCCUGGUGAUAAUGGUAUAUAUGUGACUAAGAUAAUGGCUGGUGGUGCUGCUCACAGAGAUGGACGUUUAAGGGUUGGAGAUAAGCUACUUAUGGUUAAAAAUACUUCACAAGGAGAUAUUAAUCUAGAUAAUGUGACUCACGAGGAUGCAGUAGCCGCUUUGAAGGCGACAGGGGAGCGAGUAUUACUCGUCUUAGUUCCAGGUCCAAGACACGGCCAACCUUCGCCGCGUACGUCACGAGCAAACACACCUUCAAGCACGGCUAAUUCUCUUCGCCGCGAAGACGUCACGGAUAGUAACGAAGAAACCCGCGUCGUUGAGCUCGAGAAGGGCUCUCAAGGCUUAGGUUUCAACAUCGUCGGCGGCGAAGACGGGCAUGGUAUUUACGUAUCAUUCCUAUUGGCCGGCGGGCCAGCCGAGCGAUCUGGACAGCUAAGACGUGGAGACCGAUUGCUUGCAGUCAACGACGUGGAUAUCACCCAUGCGACACACGAACAGGCUGCAAAAGCUUUAAAGAGCACCGGUCAACAGGUAAAGCUAACGGUGGUUUACAGGCCUCAGGAGUACAACAAAUUUGAAGCGCGUAUAAACGAAUUAAAACAACAUCAUACACUUUUGAGAACAUCACAGAAACGAUCUUUAUAUGUCAGAGCAUUAUUCGAUUACGAUCCCGUGAGGGACGAUGGUCUGCCGUCGAGAGGACUGCCAUUCAGAUACGGUGACAUUCUACACGUCACUAACGCUUCUGACGAUGAAUGGUGGCAAGCUAGACGGCUGGACAAAACGGAAUCAGAUGCUAUCGGCAUCAUUCCGUCGAAACGACGGUGGGAACGAAAGCAGCGAGCUCGCGACCGGCAGGUCAAAUUUCAGGGACAAGGCACGCCCGUUAGUACUAGUCAGUCCACUUUGGAGAGAAAAAAGAAAACUUUAUCCUUUAGCAGAAAGUUCCCAUUCAUGAAGAGUCGAGAAGACGGAAAAUCUGAGGAUGGUUCAGACCAAGAACCUUUCAUGCUUUGUUACACUCAGGAGGAUGCUAACGCAGACGGGGAAAUCUUGUAUCGAGUGGAACUUCCCAUGAUGGAGGAGAUAACGCUCAUUUAUCUCGAGGACGAGAGUCAAGAUGAAACGGUGCUAUCGUAUGAGACCGUACAACAGUUGACGAUAACUUACACGCGGCCGGUCAUAAUCCUGGGCCCGCUCAAGGAUAGAAUAAACGACGAUCUAAUAUCUGAGUUUCCUGAGAAGUUUGGUAGCUGCGUGCCUCAUACAACCCGUCCCCGCCGGGAUUACGAAGUGGACGGGCGCGACUAUCACUUUGUGGCGAGUCGGGAGCAGAUGGAGCGUGACAUACAGAACCACCUUUUCAUCGAGGCAGGACAGUACAACGACAAUCUGUACGGAACCUCAGUCGCUUCUGUCAGAGAAGUUGCGGAGAAGGGCAAACAUUGCAUUUUGGAUGUAAGCGGCAACGCAAUUAAAAGGUUACAAGUGGCGCAACUGUAUCCUAUUGCCAUAUUUAUAAAACCAAAGAGUGUAGAGUCUAUAAUGGAAAUGAAUAAGCGAAUGACUGAGGAACAAGCUAAGAAAACCUACGAGCGCGCCCUCAAAAUGGAGCAAGAAUUCGCCGAAUAUUUCACUGCGGUGGUGACGGGUGACACGCCGGAGGAGAUCUACGCGAAGGUGAAGGCGGUCAUCACCGCGGAGAGCGGCCCUACGGUGUGGGUGCCGCGCCGCGAACCGCUGUGA